UUCCGGUGACGUAAGACAAACCGGAAGUGGGCGCUGCAUGACUGUUGUUGACACUGCGUCCACAGUGAUAAUCUAGCGUUUAGCCUUAGUAGGCGUUUUCUUAGUGUAUGCUAGUUUCCAUACGUGUGCUGACACCUUGGUUAUAUGGUCAUGUCCUAAUUUACCAUUUUGGCGUCUGUGUGUGAGCUCGGUCUCUGCCGACGCUGCUAACUUUGCUACGCAGUUAGCUGAGCGGGCUAACGUGGCUAAUCAGCGAGCCAUGCAAAGACAGCUCAGGCUCUGCUAGAACUCCGGGGUAAAGAUCAUUGUUUGCCUAAAACCGUUUGGAGCAGCACUCAUAACAAGAUGGCUGUGGAGCUGGACGUGUUUGUGGGUAACACCACAAUCAUGGACGAGGAGGUUUACCAGCUCUGGUUGGAUGGGUAUACAGUGAACGAUGCUGUAAAGGUGCGUAUGGAGGGAGGAGUUAUGGAUGAGUGUGAGGCAAGUGCAGAUGUUCUGCAAAGUGACACCAUGGACCAGUACAGGACUUUCCAGAUGUGUGAGCGUCUUCUGCACAGUCCAGCCAAACUGGCUAACCAGCUGCUGUUCCAGAUCCCACCCCAUCGACAAGCCAUGCUCAUAGAGAGGUACUAUGCUUUUGAUGAUGCUUUUGUCCGGGAAGUUCUGGGAAAGAAGCUCUCUAAAGGAACUAAGAAAGAUUUGGACGACAUCGGUGCCAAGACAGGCGUGACACUGAAAAGCUGCAGACGGCAGUUUGACAACUUCAAACGUGUUUUUAAAGUGGUGGAGGAACUAAAGGGACCCCUGGUGGAGAACAUUCGUCAUCAUUUCCUUCUUUCUGACAAGCUUGCGAGGGAUUACGCUGCCAUUGUUUUCUUUGCCAACAAUCGUUUUGAGACAGGGAAAAGAAAGCUACAGUAUUUGACUUUCCAGGAUUUUGCUUUCUGUGCUGGGCAGCUUAUCAACAGCUGGACCGUUGGGGCCCUUGAUAACCAGGUGGAGGAUAUGGACGUUGAUCUUGAUAAAGAGUUUUUACAGGAGCUGAAGGAACUGAAGAUUUUAAUCUCAGAUAAAGAUCUGCUGGAUCAACACAAAAGUCUGGUCUGUACAGCUCUCAGGGGAAAAACGAAAGCUUUUAAUGAGAUGGAGGCUAAUUUCAAGAAUCUUUCAAGAGGCCUUGUUAACAUCGCUGCAAAGUUAACCAACACCAAGGACGUCAGAGAUUUCUUCAUUGAUCUUGUGGAGAAGUUUAUAGAGCCGUGCCGCUCAGACCGAUGGACAGCUGGGGACAUGAGGCUCUACCUUACUCACUACACCAACUCUGCGCAUAUACUUGACACAUUCAAACAUCAGGUCGUGUGGGACAGAUACAUGGGUGUCAUCAAAAGCUGUAUAUUCAAAAUGUACCAUGACUGAAGCCACUUCUUUGUGGCUUCUCCCUCUCUUUGCUCUGCUUCUUCUGCUGACGUCGUCAUCUUAUCCUACAGAUUUUGCUUUCUCUCAUUUUCAUUCCCACAAUUUGCCAACUCACGUAUAUGUAUAUUUGGUUUGUAAAUAAAACUAACAUAUUUACACCAAAAUGUAAUUCUGUAAAUGUAUCAGAUGCUAUAAUUAACCCAUUUCAGAGAUUUACUGAUCUUGAGUGUUGGAUUGAGAUUAGAUACAGAAACAAAAGGAGAAGAUCUAAAACUCUGUGUCAGAAUAAAGACAGACUUGAAGUCAAGCAUCA